GACAAUGCGAAGAUCUGUGAUCAAUUAGCACUCUUUAUUUAAUAUUUAUUGGCAAGUCCUAAUCAUAGUUGCCCACAAUGAACGGGCAUGCUUAUGAUCCUAUUCAGGUGCAGCAGUUACCUCAAGUAAACCCCAGUAAUAAUGACCCUUCUAUUGACAUUGCUCAUCUUCUCAACACGGAGAUUCCCAAGUGUCAGGAAACGCUUCUUUCGAGUCACCAAAAUUUAGACGUGUUGGCGACAUAUUGCGAUGAGAAAUACCAGGAGCUACCGAAUAAAGGACAGGUCUUAGAGCAAACGAGAGAAUAUUGCACUCAAAGUCUAGCAAGUGUGGCAUACCAGAUAAACAAUCUAGCCGGAAACUUCAUAGCGGUUCUGGAUCUUCAGUCUGCGCAUUUGGAAUCUUUGGAGUCGAGUUUGAAAAACAUUAACUGCGCUGUGGAUAUUCACAGAGAAAAGGUCGCAAGGCGGGAAAUUGGCAAUAUUACUUCAAAUAAGUCGGUCGUGAAUACCCAAGGAGCGAAGAUCAGAAAACCGGCAACUGAGUUGUCUCCUUUAAAGUAUUCAAGAAAACGAGUUGAUUUGUCAGAAUUGGAUAAUAUAGGACAUGGAAUUUCACUCAAGCAUGACGAACAGCCACUUGUUCAACGAAAGAGUUCAAUCAUGAACCAAAGUUUGAUUCAAGAUCAAAACUCAAUGGGUGGGGGGAGUACACUUUCGCGCUCGUCAAUUAAUACAACGCAUACUACAAUUUCCUCUUCGUCAGGCUUCGGAACAAUGUCUGGAACUGGGACACUACGCGGGAAACCAGUGUCUGUACCGGCUGCACCGACAGCACCGGAGUCGUACCAGCCGGGAUCUCUGGCUAUGAAGUCUCUUCAGAAGAAAUCCGAUAUAAACGCGCCGAAUAUUGAAUCUCUAGGUCUUCCGAUAUCGUAUGAGGAGCGAAACGCUUACGACAUGCAAAGAAUGAAUCGAAGCGAAACACAGCAAAGUGAUACGAGUAGUGUUGCGUCAGGUGGCACAGGAUCGGAUUACAAAUUUGCAGCCGAGGCUUUUGGUUACGGAGGUGGCGGCCAUUCGGGUUCGAACCGGCUUGGAAGUGUGGGGAGUUCGGGUACUGGCGACUAUCGUCUGAGAGGCGACGCGUUCCGAUAUACGUCAGAGAACCCAGCAGUUAUGCAACAGAAGCUAGGAAGAAAACCUUCGCAGACCUCACAAGCUGUGACGCCCAAUAUUCCAGAAGAUAUGGAAUACGUUGGAGGAGAGUUCAGACCGGUUAUAAAAGAAGAUCCGAAUCCACAGGACUUCAGCCCGUAUUCAUACUCACAACAGAGACCUAAUAUUAUGCGACCUCAAAUGCAGUUGCCGCCUCAUUUGGCGGGUAAUAAUCCCCAAUUUCAACAGCAGAAUCCUCAACAGCAGCAAAAUCAGAUGCAAAAUGUGAACAGUGGCAGGAUAAAUCAACAAUUUCAGCAGCAGCAACAACAACAACCACAAACACAGUAUAAUAUGGGUCAAGGUCAAAACAUGACAUCGCAAGGUCACAGAGCUUCAGUUAAUUCAAGCCAUGCAGCGAGCUCGCCAAUGUCACCGCCCAUAAUGCAACAAAUGCAUCAACAACAGCAAAUGAUGCAACAACAGCCACAGAAACAAGUGAAGAUUAUGCAACAGCCGCAAGUGACAAACUUGGCAGAUAUUUCGGCUAAUUUGAACCAGAAGCAACAUAACAUGCCCCAGCAUCAGAACCAGCAGCAUCAUCAGGCACAGCAACAACAUCUUAGUCAGCAACAUGGUUCGAAUAUUAUGGAUCCUCAAGUUGCGAAUACAAGAUACAACGCACCUCAGGCUCCCCCGAAUUUGGACAAAUGCGAGAAAGUUGUUGCUCUCUAUGACUACACGGCAGAACAAAGCGAUGAGUUGACCUUUGUCGAAGGUCAGAUAAUAUUUGUGAUGAAGAAAAAUGACGACGGAUGGUAUGAGGGUCUGAUGCCUCCGCACUACCAUCGCGGAUUGUUUCCUGGAAAUUAUGUGGAAACAGUACCGUCGAGAUAAAACAAAAGCUCAUAAAAGAAAACGAGAAUUCUUACUUCCGAUUUAUAUGGCAUGACGAUUGCUUCAGUCUUCAUUGGUUGCUUAAAAACUGUAUAAAUUUCAAUUUGUAAUGCGGUUUUGGCAUAUUUUUUUAAUCAAAUUUUCACCUAUGAUCCUUAAAUCUUGAUGGCAGUUAAUUGAUUUAUAGAUACUUAUAAAUUAAUGCCGGGCGUUGAUAAUAUUUAUAACAAAAAUCUAAUAGUUUCGUAGUUCGUCUAUCUUUUCUCUUGUCGAUGAUGUUACGAGUUUGGAACUGUUUUGAUGCAAUAAACUGAUUGGUUUGAUAGUCACAGUGCCUCUUUCACUCCAAUAAAGUAGUCUGUUUAUUUUUAUGGAUUUAAUCAAUUCGCAUUGUUUUUAAACAUUUGUUGAAAGCACGGCGUUCUGCUAGAGCUUUUCAAUUCAAAUAAAUCGUCUCGACAGUAUUAAAAAAAAAAUUCUGACGAAAACCAACCGAAAUGAUUGGUCAUUUGAAUGCAGAUUUCGGGUAUGUAGAUAGUAUUGAGUCGAGACAGUUCAUGCCACUUUCUCCUGUUUUUUGAUUGAUGACAAUGUCAAUUGCCAGCAUGAAUUCAAAUUUUAUU